GCUUCGUUUUGAAAUGACCUAACAAAUCUAAUCAGUUUCAAGGUAAUCAUGGCAAACUAUGGUUACGAUGGAGCAGAUGGAUAUUAUGGUGGGGGUAGCGCAGCAGAUUACCAUGCUACCCCGAGUUAUGCCGCUCCAAGCUAUGCCGCCCCAAGCUACACAGCCGAGCCCCAAUACUCAAACCCUUACCCAGAUAACCAGUACUCGGGAUAUAGCUCCCAAGUACCGAGCGCAUUUCCUGCCAGAACUCCUGCUAUCAACUAUAACAAACACAAAAGGCCAUCAGGGUCGAUGAUAUUGCAGGAGGAUUUGGAUGCAGAAGCUGCAGCUCAAACUGUGCCUAAAACCUCUCUGCUGUUGAACCACUCCUCGGCCCCCAAACGUCCUUAUAGCGGGGACAGUGGGUUUCAGGCUUCUAAAUUCAGCCGUGGUUCAGGAGUAAGGGGUGGUGGUAGGGGAGGCAGGGGAGGAUACCAGAGAGGCGGUAGAGGAGGAGGAGGGUUUGGUGGUGAUAGUGGUGGACGUGGUGGUGUAAGUGGUCGGGGUACAGGUGACCGGGGUAGAGGUAGAGUUAGAGGUGGCAUCACACUAUCUGUACCAGAGAUCAAAUCUGUGGCGGGUAAACACCCCGCUCAAGCAAUAGUAGACAUAUUCCCUGGUGCUACAUUUGAAACUGUUGCCACUAACAAGUAUGUGGGCCUGUCUAACCGCUGGAUCGUAACCCUAACCUGUCCUUCUCACAACAACCAAGUGUUCGUAGGGGCUGGUCCUAACGAGAAAGUUGCAAAACACGAGGCAGGAUACGCUGCACUCCAACAUAUCACCCCUGAUGGCUUCUCCGAGAUGACAUCACACCUCAACGGAGACCUUCUAGAACAGGUAACAGUAAUGAGAGAGUUCAGACUGAACCCAGGAGCGGGGGAGUACAAAACUAAGAUCCAAGGAGACGUUACAGUGUACCUCAUGAAACUGUACAGUGUUCACGCUGAGUUUCUGCUGGAUGAUCCUCUGCUGGUUUCACCCAGUAAACCACCCCGGACCGUGUACAAAGCAACUCUCAAGGUAGGCGAGCAGGUGUUUGAGGAGGUGGCUGCCAAUAAGAAGAAAGCCAAGGAGCUGGUUGUGUACACUUGUUUGAAGCACUUUGAGGUGAAACCUCCCAAGUUUAUGAGAGUGCAAGAGGAAGGGAUUGAGGGAGCUGAUAAUACCUUUGAUGACCCCGGUAAACUAGAAACUCUUCAAGAUAAACUAGCUGCCAAGGUAUUUCAGACAAUCGACCAGAAGACUGAGAAAGUCUGUAAAGAUUUCAUCUCGACGUUCAAUGUGGCAGGUAUUUUACUGCAGAGCGGAGAGGGUUCCACAGCUGAAGAUUACGAGGUUAUCUCUGUGGGAGUGGGAACAGGUUCUGUGGAUGCUAAAAGACUGAAACAAAACGGUUCCGUUAUUCAUGACUGGCACGCGGAGAUCUUAGCAAUCCGAGCGUUUAGGCUGUAUUUAUUUGGAGAGUUAGACAAGGCUAUUGAUGGUAAAGAUAGUAUUCUGGAGAAAAUAGAGGGUUCUGAUAAAUACCGUAUCAUGUUUAAAUACAAGGUUGUGAUGUUGAAGAAUGUGCCACCUACUGGAGAUGCCCUAGUGAUAGAGAGCACCUCUAAAAAAUCAGAACGGAACCCCAACAAGAGAAACAGUGUGCGAGCAACCUCCCAUGUCACACAAGGUAACCCAGGAGCAAUGCAGUUCAGGUGUUCCAACGGCAACAAAUACCUAACUGAGGAACUCAUAGAAAAGAGAGGCCAGGCAAAACAUGUGAUAGCAUGUCCUUCAGAUAAACUAGCUGUUUGUAACAUAGCGGGGCUACAAGGUGCCCUUCUCUCGCAGUUCCUAGACCCGGUAUACAUACAGAAAUACAUGCUGUACAAGUCCUUCUUUCUGUCCGUUCCGGCUGUAACCCGGGCGCUAUACGAGCGGAUUGAAGCGCAGAUCUACAAAGUUCCACUUCCUUACAAGAUAACUAAGCCUGAUAUUGAGACAUACUCAGUGCGGCCUCCUCGGAUAUUGUAUAACGGGAAUGAUAAAAUGAACAAUAUGUCAGGUUGGGCUCUGUCCUCUGGGCAAUGGGAGGUUAUUAAAAGCCCUGAGGGUAUGGCUAUUAACGAUAGUGACCACGUGUCAGUCAUACACGCAGACUGUCAGGACGACGUGGAGUACUAUGAGAAAAAGCUUGCUAACGCUAAGAAAAUCCGAGAAUCAAUGCGUCCAAGCCAGCUUUCUAAGAUAGCAGGGUUUGGGUUGUACACUAAAUUGUGUCAAAAGGUCGGGAAGGAGAUUCCGUCCACUUACUUUGCGUGUAAGGCGUUAGCUGAUGAGUAUCACGCUGUAAAGCUCAGUAUCAACAACGCUUUUUCCAAAGCUAAGCUGGGAGCUUGGCCUGCUAAAUCUGUGAACACUGAAGUUUUUAAGGUUGACGAAAGUAUUGAUAUCGUUUAAAGUUAAAAACUUUUGUGUGAAGUGUUAAAUUAUUAUUCCACGUAACAAAUUUAAAGUAAAGAGUCCAAUUGUAGCUUUACCUUAAGUGUGUCAAAGAUGGCUACAAGAAAUAACCAUCUUGACUUUUCAGACCGGGAUGGACCAUUUUUCAAAACUAGGAAGCUGUUUAUCUGUGAUUGUUAUCUCACAAAAACUUCUUGGGCUUAUUACCACCCAUUAAGAUUAAUAAUCUAUAUUUUUGUUUAAGUUUUGCCAGUUUUUGAUCCACUCACAAAAUUGUUUGACAGAAUGGUCAAUUCUUGGCACAAAACUUGACCCAGAUUUAGGGCCCAAGUUAAAUAAUGCACUAUAACUAAGCUUUCUCCCUGGAAACGGAAAUGAUGUUCAACUAGAUCCCAUGGUACUGUUUUCAGUGAUCGUGAAUAUCUGACUUAUUACACAACAAUUUAUUACACAUUAUUUUAUUAAAAUUUCUGUAC